AUGUUAAUCGGACCAGGGAACUCGGAAAUUCUAAUGCCAGCUCAACUUGACAUCAGCCCAUCAGCUGAUAUGAUCUUCCCACGCAUGCCCCCUCUUGGCCUUUCCGUACUCGACCAGAACACCCCCAUCCACCGAGAAAUGAUAGUCCAAGCAAUGCCGGUCGAUGUUGCUCCCGCUGUUCACAUUCCAAUACAUCGAGAGAUGAUUCUCGAAGAUAUUUCGCGCUACGGUUUCGCUGCAUUAGAAACUUCAAUACAGCAAGACUACGUUGGCCAUUUGGUAUCAAAUUUUCCAAAUAUCCAGGACAAUACGGUGCCUGAAACUACCAGUGUGGCCUACUGUAGAAAUAAUCCAGGGUCUCGGGGAAAUACCAACAGCUGCGAGGCUCUGAGAGUACAGCCCAACGCCGAAGAACUUAGAUGUUGUUGGCAGGGCUGCACUGAGAUCCGUAUCUUCUCGUGUGAGGCAACUCUGCUACGACACGUGAAGACUAUACACAUUGCUCCGAAAUCGAAAAAAUGCCCCAUUUGUGGCUAUACCAAUGGCCGCAAGGACAAGGUUCGCAGCCACUUUCGACUGGUUCACAAAAGAUGA